AUGGAUCUCAGCAACGGGCCUGACUUGCUCCUUAUGGGCAGUGCUGACACCCUCGUUUACAUCGACGACACACAAGCACACGGCCGGUCAAGCUAUUCCUUGCAACCACAACGCGCAGUUACGAUUCCUCACCGAGUUCACAGCCAGAGUCUACUGUCCACGGGUUCAACCUAUUUUCGCGAACUAUUUGAGCCUAGAGUUCAGUCCCGAGUCCUAAAACGUCGCAAGCUGGGUGGGGCGUUGCCUGAUGGUGUGAAGUUUGUUAUUGAUCUCACGCCGCCCACCACAGAUGAUGAAGGGGUGAGGUUCACUGCAGAGCUUUCGUGUCCGCUGGGGUUACGAAAAUGGGCUCUCGCACAAGCUCGCUGGACCCUCCCAUCUCAUCUUGUUAGCGGCAUAGACGAUGGACUUGAACGCUCCAGUAGCAGUGACGAGCCUGACAUCCCUAUUGAGUAUUCGGAGGCUCGUAACUGCCGGGGGAUUGCUCAUGUCCUCCAAGCCUUAGAGGGUUUUAAACCUCAGCUUAACACUCCGUGCAAGCUCUGGAUAUUCCUUGCCUUGGCUAAGCUGUAUGGCAUCGCCCAUCAUCCACGGGCCAAGGUCCCGAUCCUGACCUGGAUUUACGAGGGUAGGAAUUCUCUGCUCAUUGAAAUCCACCCCGAGAUUGCAUACGGAAUAGCUUGCUCUAUCCAGUGUGAUUAUUUGUGCCAGGACUCAUUUUCGGUCUUGGUCGGAGAGGCAUCUUUGCGACUCAUGGCGGAGCCGGACGCAACACAUACCCGUCCUUGGGAUUUGCACGAAACUCUGUACGGCCGGGUGCGGGAGGUUCUGAAUGAUGAGGACCGGCAGCGAGUGGAGUAUGCCAGUCAAAGCUUCAAGGACCAUGUCAUUGACACUUUCCUUGAGCUCGUUGGCAGCGAGAUGCAAUGGCUGGAAAGAUUGCCUGCGGUCCGCAAAGUGCUCUUACACGAAGCAGGCGGCCCUCCUUGUUCACUUGCAUCUAAGCUCAUCAAGUGUCUCAAAAACUAUGUGCGAUAUCAUAUUAUCGAUGCAUUAAAUACCGACCUGGUAACUUGGAAGGAGAUCUCAGUGCUUAAUGAGCCCGACGAUGAUUACCCGGGAGAGCGGUUUCUGAAAGCUUAUACCAAGAUGCAUUAUACCGAGCGCAUUAUGAGCCGCACCUUCUGGAAGAACCUCGGGUCAAAAAAUUGGAGCGAUCUCCCACCGUCAGCUUUCGUAAGCCUGCGCUCAGCCAACUCCAUCGCAAAUCAAUCGGUCGCCGAUCUGGGCCGUCAUCUACAGCCAUUUCGAGCGCAGAAAGAUACCAAGAUUGGAUUUAUCGACACGGAUGACAUGAUUGGAGAGGCCAACCGCUACAACGCCCACUUCGGCUCAGGCCAACCCUCCGGUCCAACCUGCCAUCUCAGAGGUUUCGACCCGGAAUGGUACUAUAACUUUAACCCUCAUGAUUUUUUCAACCAACUUUCUUCGUAUCUGCACUCAAUGUCAGAGAGGAUGCGCGGGUCCUAUCGAUCUGAUACGGAUCAGCUACUUACCGACUGUGUCAGCUGCCUGACUGCGAAUGAAAUGAAGUAUCUUCCCUUGUGGGCGGGAGGUAACGACGAUGGCUCUGGAGGUGUCUUUGCCGACCUUGACAUACCAAAUGCCGAGCAUGCAGGGUUUGCGACGCCGGGACCGGGGAUACAUAUGGGAAGCUCGGUUGCUUCGGAGCCGCUCUCAGACUAUUCAUCCACCGUGUUUGAGAGUACGGUGCAAGGUGCGUCGCACGGGGCCAUCGAUGGAUUUGGCACGGAUGUCAUGUCGUUCAGUAUGGCAAGCGAAAGAAGCGGUAUUGAACAAUCUAUCGCAGAAUUUGAAGACUUGUCACUUGAAAAUGCGGUCCAGCCACUCUAGGCUUAUGCAUUGAGACGAAAGAGGUUUCAUGUGAGAUAUUACAGAGAAACUUUUGGCUAGAAUCUAGAGCAAGAUCGUCU